GUGUACGGUGUUUCCUCCGACACGUUGGUGCGGCUGGCUAUCGGGUUAGGUGGAAAUUGUGUCAAGAAGCAGUGCGUCUUGGUUAGGUUGUGUUUUGGGGGAUGCACGGCUCUCAACCUCCGGCCUCUCCCAAAUCCGUACGGGUGUUGCAGCGAUGAGACAAGACUGUAACUACCAAUUGGAUACCAAUUAAGAAUCGGUUAUAGACACAGUCAGUCAGACCUAUACACACACUGAUACUCACAUUGCGUGGAGCCCAGUGCAGUAACAAUGGUCACACAGGAGCACGGUCAUCACGGGUGUGAUGUGACUGGAGUCGACUUCCUGACUAUAGGGCUAGUAGCUUCUCCGUAAAGAAAGGAGGGAGACACACAGUAUUAUAUGCUGUAUGAUACAUUUUAUGGUAGCAAUACCAUUUUUGUGUGUAUUUUUCUUCAGGAGUUGAUUGUAAUUAAUGUUAUUAUUUUGAUGAUUUAGAGUAGUGGCAUUGAACUGUUGACUGGGAAACAGGACCAAAGAGACACCCAUGUACCUGUAGAUCCUCAUAUGAGCUGUUUAUAUUGUCCCACUGCUUAUUACUAUAGAAGAAAGUCACUUUAUGCUGAUUGGAGAGUGAUGCCUACAGCAGCCUUGGCUCUCUGCUUCUCUUCCAUCCAAACUCCAGCGUCACAUGUAGAGAAAGCAACACAGUGGGUAGAAACGUAGAGGGCCUGUGUAGAGGGAGAUAAUGAUAUCUAAACUUGUAUGAAGACUGUAUUGUGAUACAUCCAUCCAUGCCGCUGCCCCAGACUAAUGAACAAGAUUUAACUGGACACUUCACAAUCACACUGCUAUUCAAAUCCUCUCUUCAUUACUACCAUGUGUGAGCAGGGCUGCACUGUAUUGUUAUAGACAUGACUCACCAAGCAUCACUUUGAUAUUGACUGGACCACGUUUAGGGACAGCAUGGGAUGACGGUACAGUAAGAUACAGAAGGGUACUGAGAUAAGACCCAUCAUUACUGGAUUAUGCUACUGUUUCUAUAGACCACUUCUGGAAUGAAGAGAAACGGGUCUGGGGAGUUUGGAUGGGGGAAUUGCAGGCGCGACUAGUCGUCACUCUCACCAGUGCUGUAAUGACAGUUAUCUUUCACGAUCACUUUUGAAUUAUGCAUUCUCGUUGUGGCCAUAGCAACCGCUCCCUUACACCCUCCCCCAAAUAUGUAAUUAUGCAAAUGUUAUUGAUAGUUACUCUAAGAAGCAGAGGGCGGAGUUACAGGUUGUGUUGAAACUUCAUUGCCUUUUUUUCUUUCACCUUCACCCCUUUAUUUUCUCGUCUUCCCCUCUCCAUCACCAAGUCCACAAUAAUAGUCUCCAUCUCUCCUUCAUCCUGUCUUCCUUCUAGAAGUCGUAGAAAUGUAGUCCUUACUUCCUUACUACUCUCAUCACCUUUUCUUAUCUCACAAUUUAACUGUACGUUGCGGUGUAUUUUAUUUCAUUUGCUUCAACGGGUCGGGAGGUUUUGUUUUUGUUGGUGAUGUUUUGUUGAGAGGAACUUUAGUAAUUAUGUACUAUGCAAUUGGCAACAAUGAGAGGAAGAGACUUGGAUAGCUUUUGUUUGCUCAGAGACCCCAUAUGUGAGACAGCUCACUUGUAUUAUACAAUACUAGAUGGCAACAAGAUGAGGUUAAAGAGAUUAUCUCUAACUUGGGCUUUUUCACCAUUGAAGCACAGUAAUGAGCAGGUUAAAUCCUGUUAUACCAGCUUAGGUUAAUACCUCCACCGCCACUGUAGUCUCAAGACUACCUGGCAAACGUGUGCUUACAAUCCUCUCUCUUUCUCUUUCUUCCCUUUGCUUCCCCUCAUGUAUCCUAUUUACAAAUACAUAGUGGUCUAGUUUUAUAUGUAUAAAAUGUAUUUAUAGAGAAGGGUGCCUUGUUCUGAUGUUCAAGCUUAUUUUUUCCCAAAGGGCUCUCUAGUAAACAAACACGGUUGGUUAGGGAGAUGUUUGGCUGUUAAGGUAGAACCAUGAAAUGAACGUAGAAAGAGUUGGGUGACCAACAUCAAGUCUCCAGUUUCAAGUUUUAAUGUCACAAGUACAGUGAAAUGCCUUUCUUGCAAUCUCUAAUGCAACAUGCAUUCUAGGUUGGGCCAGGAGGUUUUCCUAGUCAGGUCACAUGGUCUGGAAACCCCCCUGGCCUUAAUUCUAGGUAAUCCAAGGUUUCAGAUAGGUGGUUGUGGCGGAUUGACUGUAGGGUGGCUGUGUAAAUCCUGCAGUGUCCCCUGUAACUAUGCUAUCUCAGGGGUAUGUAUGUUACAAAGUGUAUUGUGUGUGUUCACCUCAGCGACUACAAGGUUUGACCAGCGCCAUGUUUGCUCCAGCUAGCCAGCUUUGUAUAGAAUAGGGUCUGGUCUGUCGCACAUGGAUCCGCCACAUGUAUAUCUAUAAAAAGAAAAUGAAUAUGCAAGAUCUAUACUGUGUAUUUUGGCUUUGAUUUCAUUGCGUAAGAGUUUUUAAUUGUAUACUUCAGAAGAAAUGAGGUACGUUGUUUUUUUAUUGUAAUUUUCUGUUUUUUAAUAAAUGGGGAAGAAAAACCAACAUUUUUGGGGUCUUUUACUGUUUUGAGUUCUAGAACACUGCAGUCACUCAAGCAUACAUCCUGACACCGAGAGACCAACGAAAGAGGAAGGAAGGUUUAUUCACAAGACAACUGGGUAGAAGUGUAUAGCUGUGUUGAAAGGCACAACACUCAAAAUAACAUAAAGGCUUUUUAUUUUCUGCAAUGACUGGCAACCAAUAUAAAACAGUGAAGAAGAUGGUGGCCGUGACAUUCUUGUUCCUCUGCUUCUGGGCUGGUGUCCACGGUGACCUCAGCCGUAUCCAGGUUACUCUGGAGCCAGACAGGCCCUCUCUGAGGGUGCAGCUCUCUCACACCGCCUCCCUGCGCUGCUGCUACUCAGUCACAGGGGGAGCCGUGGACACCAUCUGGGCCACCAGCCCCCACACGGUCAAAGGCACGGCCAUCCUUCGGGGAGUGGACCUGAGAGACAACCGUGUGACGGUGGAUGGGGGGAACCUGACGGCGGCAGGGGUCAUGUGUCACACACUCAUCCUGAGGGAGGCCCGUCUGAACGACUCAGGGUUGUACCAGUGUUUUCUCAACCAUAGCGCCCUGCGGCACUCUGUGUACACCCACGGCACCUUCCUGCAGGUCUACAGGCCGAUGGUGAAGAUUCUGGACAUCGGUGAAAGCACCAAGAACAGCAUCCUGACUGCUGAGGGAAUGUUACUGAUGGUGGCGGUGCUUCUGCAUGGUACCAUGAUGCUCUGUAAGACAAAGAAACUCAAUCAACUGAAGAAGAAAAGGGUCAAAGAGGAAGAGGAGAAUAUCUAUGAGGGUCUAAAUCUGGAGGAAUGCUGUUCCACAUAUGAUCAGAUCCAGCGCUCUCUGGUGCAGGGCCCCUACCAAGACGUGGGAAACAUGAUUAUGGAGGAGGAGGAGGAAAUCCAACUGGAGAAGCCUUAAAUGAGAGGGGGAAGGAAGCAGGGGGAGGAAGAGAGAGGGUGGGAGAAGAGAAGUCAUUUGAUAGAACAGAAUUGUGGUGAGGGUUUUGAUAGGAAUUUUCUUAACUGCCCCCCCAACCCCCUUAUGUUUGAAUUUAUAGAGGUGACCUGCAUUUUCCUUGCAGCCUUUGCUUAUAUUUGAAUCUAAUUUCUUAGUGGACCAAAAAGACAGUAACCUACAAUGUCAGAGGGCAUUUUGCUUUCAAUUUAGCCUUUCAUUACCAAUGCCAAUACCUAACCACUUUAUAUUCAUAAGAGAUUUUUUUUCUGCAUGUUUGCAUUUUCUAUGCUUUGUGUAUGCAUUGGCCAAAUGUUUUUUUUCUCUCUCCAAUCUCCAUAAUUCAAGGCCUGGAUUGUGCGUUGUAAAUAAAAUUAUAAAAAUGAU